AUGCAAAAGGUACCUGAGAAAGAGCAUCCCAGAAAAUCAGAAGUUCAGAAAGUAAAACCUCUUGAAACAAAAGUUGCAUAUCCAGAACUAAGAAAAAAGGUUGAGACGAAGAAUGAAGUUGAAGAGCCAAGGUUGAAGGAGUUACCACCCCUAAAAGUAAAAAUGCAAAGCUUAGAGCCUCUUGAAACAGAAAAAACGAUUAUGAAGUGGAAAUCUCCAAAGACCAAGAAGAUUGUGCCAAAAGCAAGAGAAGAAGAAGAAGAAUAUGAAUUAGGCAAACCACCUGAAGUGAAAAAUUCAUCAACAACUCGGGAAUCUAUGGUUGACAAGCAAAAACCUGAAAUAGAUAUUCCAAAGUCUAUUACGAGCAGGACACCUUCAGAAGAAAAGGAAAUAGAAGCUUCGCAACCAAAUGUUCUUCCAGACCACAACUUGGGAGAAAAAGAAUACUUCAAAACUCUAACUGAGGAUAGAGGUCAUUAUUUGCUCCAAAAAGAGAAAAGAUUAGAAACCAAUAAGGUUGCAGAAGAGGAGAAGCUGAGUCAAAAAGAUGAAGACGAAACAUCGUCUUGCAAAAGGGAAAGAAAAAAGAUUGCAGAAUUCAAAGAUAAGAAGCCUAAAAUAAAGAGAAAAGGAAGUGAAAAGAUUAAUCAAAUGAAAGGGGUUGCUGAAGAAAUGAAGGAAGCUGUAGCAGACAAAGAGACAGACAAAUCACAAGAGAUAUUGUUACCUCAAACUGCAGAAAUUCAAGGCAAAGAGAAAAUUUCGGAGGUAAGAGGAGUAGAGCAGGAAAAAAGAAGAAAAAUUCCCUUUCAUGCUGAUGAAGAAUUAGAAGCAGUCAUAUCUAACAGAGAAGUAGAAUCUCCAAAACCUACUGCUGCACAGCCAAAACAAUCAAGCAUAGAGUUCAGCAGCGAUCAAACAAAUGAUGAGGUUGAUGAGUUACAAAGAAAAGAAUUGCCAUCUCCAUCUAUAAAAAAAUUGAGCAAAGGGCCAUCUAAAACAUCAAGAUCAGGUGUUAAAGAAGAUGCUCCAACAAUUGAGAAUUUUCCACAACUCCAAGAGGGUAAAGAGUCUACUUCUUCCGUAGAAGGCACCAGAGCAUCAGAAGAUGUAGCGAAUGAACUGGACAAUCCACUAGCUGAAAAACUAGUAGUUGCAAAAGAAGAAUCAACUAGAAGGAGACCAGACCAAGAAGUUGAGAAAACGCAUUCUUCACAGCAAGAAGAAGACCAUGAAGGACAUGCAAUUGAAGAAGAAAAAGCUGGCGAAGGAGAGAAUGUGGUGCAGCUGGAAAUCUCUCGAGAGUCAGAGGAUCUAGAAGAUAUUGAAGUGGAAGCAAGUGGAAAGAGAGUGGAACUGCGUGCUCCUCUGGUUGUUGCAGGAUCAGUCUUCAUUGUAUCUCUCAUAAUUUUCUUCUUCGGCCAUAAAAGAAGUGGAAAAAGGUAG